AUGCCUUCAGUCUCAGCUCCAAGUCAUGGCCCUCAUGGUGCAUACCCAAAUCAUUCGCCCAUGGGAUUUGCAUACCAUCCAACUACAUCUAACUCUACUGCUACUACUACCUCUACGGUCCCAAUGACCUUUUCGGGUUCUACCGCGUCAUCAUCAUCAUCAUCGUCAUCAUCAUCGUCAUCAUCGUCGUCAAUGAAUGGACAUCCUCAUAUUUCUCCUGCUCUUCCAUCCUCUCAAACUUUCUCUUCUCAAUCAUCUCAAUCAUCCCAAUCUUCUCAAUCACCUACUCCACAUAUUCAAAACCCAAACUACAGUUAUGCAGGAUACCCAAGCACAUCUGCCUCACUCGGCUCUGCUCCAAUCGUGGUUACACCUACCACCAACUCUGCGGGGCCACAUCCACAAAUGUACAUGUCUCAUCAUCAUCAUAAUUCCCAAGCUUCAUACGUUACAACCUCAGGCCCCACAGUUCCCACUUAUGAUGCAUUUGCGCCGCCGCCACAACAUCAACAACAACAACAGCAGCAACAGCAACAUCAAAAUAAUAAUUACCCUCAUUAUCAUGCCGCCAAUUCUGCUCCAGCCACUAUUGAUCUUAGUAGUCCCCCAAUUUCUGCUCUUACUUAUGAAGCUGCUGCUACUGCCACCUCUUCGUCUACACCGCAUCCGUUUGACCCUAGCCUUACACGUCAACAGCAGCCGUAUUCUAGCGAGCUCAAGUUAACUCAACCGGUUUAUACCCCAACCACGGCCCCAUCGUCUACUGGAGAAACUUUUGCGUUUGGAGCAUAUUCUACUUCGGCAUCUAUGGGGGAUAUCAACAAUAGUAACAGUAACAGUAACAGUAAUCACAAUCGUAAUCAUAGUCGUCAUAAUCGCCAUCAUUCUCAUUCUCAUUCUCAUUCUCAUUCUCAUUCUCAUUCUCAUUCUCAUUCUCAUUCUCAUUCUCAUUCUCAUCAUCAUAAUAACAAUAACAAUAGUUUUAGUCAUAAUCAUAAUAGUAAUAGUAAUAAUAAUAGUAGUAGUAGCAACCCAGUCACAGGCGCUCCAACCUUUUUAGCAUCGACACCUGCAAAUCCAUUGACUUUACCUGCAACUACUGGUCUUACAAGUCACCAUGAUCACACCAACAUGUUUGGUGCUCAAAAUUCGCUACAACAAAUAUCCACAGUUACAUCAUCGGCAGGGUUUGCUGCAAUUCCGGCCCAUGCUCAGCCACAGCAGCAUUAUACGCAUUCUCCACAGCAGCAGCAACAACAACAGCAUUACCAAUAUUAUACUCAAUAUCCAGGAGUACCUUCUGGAAUUGCGCCUAAUGAUCCUCAGCAACAGCAACAGCAACAGCAACAACAACAACAACAACAAGCCCAAUCUUUCAUAUCAUAUUACGGGGCUCCGAUGUCAGUUCCAGGGCUUGGAGCACCCAUGGCUCCAACAUUAAGUUUAAGCAGCAGUGCACCUGGGCUUGUUGGAGUUUCCAGCAGUGGCACGAGCUCUUGUGGUAGCUCACCUGGUUCUAGCCACAGCCAUGGGAAAAAAUCUAGUUCUAGUCGGCGCAAAAAGACAAGCAGCAGCGGCAGCGGCAGCGGCAGCGGCAGCAAUGGCAGUAAUACGGCGGGCGGGAGCGGGAAUACGGCACCGGCUCCAAGGAAACGUACGACUAGGGCGUGUGAUCAGUGUAACCAUUUGCGGACCAAGUGCGAUGGAAAGCAGCCUUGUGCACACUGUAUUGAGUUCCAUUUGGAAUGCCAGUACCUGCGAGUCCCACUAAAACGUGGUAAAGCCAGUAUCACCUAUAUUGAAUCUCAACGUGAAAAGAUGCGCCAACAACAAUUAUUGGCUAACAAGCAACAGUAA